CUGGAUGUCAAACGGAUGCCCCAGUGCCUCCCAGAGGACUCGGUGGGGACCAUGGCUUCGCUAAUGCCCCUCUCUCCAUAUCUAAGCCCCACUGUCCUCCUGCUGGUCAGUUGUGACCUGGGCUUUGUACGAGCAGACCGGCCUCCCUCUCCUGUGAAUGUGACAGUCACUCACCUCAGAGCCAACUCGGCCACUGUGUCUUGGGACGUCCCAGAAGGCAACAUCGUCAUUGGCUACUCCAUUUCCCAGCAACGACAGAAUGGACCGGGGCAACGUGUGAUCCGGGAGGUGAACACCACCACUCGGGCCUGUGCCCUCUGGGGCCUGGCUGAAGACAGUGACUACACAGUGCAGGUCAGGAGCAUCGGCCUUCGGGGAGAGAGCCCCCCAGGGCCGCGGGUGCACUUCCGAACUCUCAAGGGUUCUGACCGGCUACCCUCAAACAGCUCGAGCCCAGGUGAUAUCACAGUGGAGGGUCUAGAUGGAGAGCGACCUCUGCAGACGGGGGAAGUGGUCAUCAUUGUGGUGGUGUUGCUCAUGUGGGCUGCUGUAAUUGGGCUAUUCUGCCGUCAGUAUGACAUCAUCAAGGACAAUGACUCCAACAAUAACCCCAAGGAGAAGGGGAAGGGACCGGAACAGAGUCCUCAGGGAAGGCCAGUGGGGGCGAGACAGAAAAACUCACCCUCCGUCAACACCAUUGACGUAUGAGUGAAGAAACAGAACCAGAAGACAGAUGCACUAACAUCUUGGGGUUGGGGAUGGGGUCAGGGAGAGCCCAAGAUGGUGAUUUGCCCAAGACUGAAGGAUCCCACAGUCUCCCAGAGGGUAAUGACACUCCCACAAUCUCAGGCCUGGCAUCCAUUCUCUUUCCACUGUGAGCAGGGCCAGAAGGUAGGUCUGUUAGGGUCUGAGCCCCUGGACCUGGGGAAUGGAUAUCAGAUGGGAUAUGUCCUUCCAUCCCCCAGGUCCAGGAGAGAGUCACUUGUUCAACCCUAUCCCAUUAGGUCCCAAAUGGGGCCCCCAUUUCACCUGCAUCAGAAUCCUUGGCAUCCCCAGCUGCCCCCACAUCUUGCCUCUGGGUCUCAGAGAGGAGUGUUUCUGUGGGUACGCCACCUCCCCCAGCAAAUAAAAGGAAUUGUCUGGGCCUGGAGACAGAUGCUGCACUGCACUACUCCAAUGUCUUCCAUGGAGCCUCAGGUGCGCCCCCUCUCACCUGGCAGCCCCUUCAGCUGCUGGUGAUCUCACUCCUUGGACAUUUUUCCAAUAAAGUUUCUUGGACAAACUGGA